GUCACUCUCCAAUCUGUUUCGAUAAGAGGAAGUACUAAUUGAGGAGAAAGGGUUGCUUGAGGAAUUGGAUCUCUUAUGGAGAGAUGAAGAGAGAGUGUGGCGACAACGAUCCCGCAUUCAGUGGUUGGCGGAAGGAGACCGUAACACUAAGUUCUUUCACAACUCUACGUUUUUAGAUGCCAUUCCAACCGAAUUACGGGAUUGAAGGACCAAAAUGGAGCAUGGAUUAAACAGCCCUCACUUCUCUCUCACCAUAUUAAAGAUUUCUUUCAAGACCUCUUCACGACGAAGGAUACGGGGUUCAACAACAACCUCCUUCAUGACUUUCCUAGUCUGGUCUCUCAUGGAAUGAAUGAUACUUUGAGCGCCCCAGUUACGAGAGAGGAAAUAAGGAAGGCUGUUUUUCUUUGGGGGCGCACAAAUCGCCGGGGCCCGAUGGCUUCAAUGGAUUUUUCUUCAGAAGAUAUUGGGAUCUUGUUGGAGAAGAGCUUUGUAGGGAGAUUCUCUCUUUCUUCAGUACAUCAUCUCUUCCGUCUGGGUGGAAUGACACUCAUAUUGCUCUUAUACCAAAAAUUCCAUCCCCGGAGAGGAUUUCUCAGUUUCGCCCUAUUAGUUGCUGCAAUUUCAAGUACAAGGUGAUUUCAAAAAUCAUGUCAAGUAGGCUCAAGGACAUGAUGCCUGACCUUGUUUCUGAGAUGCAAGCGGCGUUCACAGGAGGACGCAUGAUCCAAGACAACAUCAUCAUCGUCCAUGAAGUCAUUCAUCAGUUCAAGAAAAGGAAGAAAGGACCUAGGUUCGACAUGAUGCUCAAGAUGGAUAUGAAGAAGGCUUAUGAUCUUGUGGACUGGGACUGCUUGGACGCUCUUCUCGAUGCCUAUGGUUUCAAUUCUACCUGGUGCAGUUGGGUAAAGGAGUGUGUUCGAACAGUUCGCUUCUCGAUUAUGCUUAAUGGGGGUCCAACUGAGUUCUUCACCCCUUCUAGAGGCAUCCGUCAAGGCGACCCUCUUUCCCCUUUCCUCUUUAUCUUGUUAUCUAAUGCCCUUUCUUUCCUGAUAGAUCGAGGUAUUUCACAGGGAAACAUUAAAGGUCUCAAGCUCAAGACUGGUUGUCCUCUUCUAUCCCAUUGCCUCUUUGCUGACGAUACAGUCAUCUUUGGACGAGCAUCUUUAGAAGAGGCAGGAGCUAUCAUGAAUAUCAUCAAUGGAUAUGGAUACAUUACGGGGCAAGAAGUCAGCAUGGAAAAAUCUUCUGUCUUCUUCAGUAAAAACACCCCGGAUUCCUUACGACAACAGAUCACCUCCACUUUCGGAUUCCCAAUGUCCAUCAACCAUGAUUACUGAUAAGUACUUGGGAGUUCCCACUGAAUGGGGUCGUUCAAAGAAGGAGACUUUUGCCUUUCUAAUUGAAAGAAUGGAAAAGAAAGGAGAUUUAUGGAAACAUAUCAUGCUUUCUCAUGGUGGAAAAGAAACACUGCUUAAAGCUGUUAUUCAAGCGAUUCCAACCUUCAUUAUGAGUGUUUUUCUCCUUCCGGCAUCUUUAACAAAGAAGAUGGACUCCCUUCUCCGAAAUUUCUUUUGUCCGGGUCAAUGAAGAAACGCUCCAUUCCAUGGAGAAAAGGGGAAGUGCUCAAUAGCUCUAAAUUUGAAGGCGCGCUUGGUUUCCGAAAUUUUCACUUGUUUAACCUCGCUUUGAUUGCUAAACAAGGAUGGAGGUUAAUGAAUGAACCAGUAGCGUUAUGGGCGCGACUUCUUCGUGGAAUCUACUUUCCAGGAGGGGACUUUCGGAUGGCACGUAAAGGGAGCUCUCCAUCAUGGAUAUGGGUGGGCCUAUGUGAAUCUCGACGAGCUCUGGACAUCGGGAAAAUUCGAGUUAUCGGUUCUGGAAAGGAUACAUGGUUUCAUUGUGACCCUUGGCUCCCUUCCCUUGAGGGUCACAGGAUUGGAACCCCAUCUAUUCCACGGUCAAAGGUUUGUGAUUGGAUGAAUGAUGACACAAGAGAAUGGAAUUGGAAUAUUGUCCGUAACCACUGUUCUCUUGCUGAAACGAAUGCGGUUUCAUGCAUCAAGAUUGGACCAGCUGAUUCUUGUGAUAAAUGGGUAUGGAAGUUCACAUCUAAUGGUGCUUUCUCGGUCAAGUCCGCAUACCAUGGACUUAGAGAACAGCAUAGGCAGAACUCAUCCCCAAUUAUCCAAGACCUUAACUUUCCAUCGAUGGACGAUUGUUGGAAAUGGUUGUGGGCUUUGAAGCUUCCUCCAAAGAUACACUUUUUCUUUUGGAGAUGUCUCCAAAAUGCAAUUGCUACAAAAGUCAAUCUUCAUCACCGUCAUUGUGCCCCUAACCCCAAAUGCCAGCCACUUGGUCAAAAGUGUGGCCUUCUUUCAUCCCUCCGAUCAAUUUCAGCCACUGGUUCUUUUCAUUAAGGGACACCCCGAAUGUUGACUCUCUUCGUCAAAAGGCUUUUUGCCUUUGGAAUAUCUGGAAAGCUCGUAACAACUUCAUCUUUCGAGGCAUCGCUUUGUACCCCACGAUGACCUCAAUCCUAGCAUAUCGCGAUGCUACUGAACCUGUUUAUGGAGGAUCCACCUCACCACCUACUAAUAGCCUAGGGACAAUCUUUUGCAAUCUUCUCCACCGCCGAGUAAUCCCAUCAAGAGGGUUCACUGUGAUGGAUCAUUUGAUAAUGAUUCACAUGAGGCGGCUAUUGGGAUAAUUAUUACUAAUGCUCAUGGACAAAUUUGAGAUGGACGGGUAGGUAGGGUCAUUUGUUCAUCCCCGAUUGAGGCUAAGGCUCAUGCUCUCUUGUAAGCAUGCUCUUUGGCAAAGCUUGACAGCUCCUCGACGAUUAUCUUUUCAGACUGUAAAUCUCUUGUCGAUGCCCUGAGUGGUGAGCCUUCAUCAUGGCCAUGGCGAUGUUUUGCUCAUCUUUCAUCCAUCGUUCAUAUCCUUAGAGAGGCUAAUUGGAUCAGUAUCAAGUUUGUCAAUCGCCAACACAACAAGAACGCGAAUUGGGUUGCCUGUAAUGCUCGUCUUAAUACUCUCCCACCCAAUUGGACCACGGUCCUUAGCAUUGUAUCUCCCUUGUUGUAACCUCUCACCCUUUCGGGCUUGAAUUAAUGAAAUUGCUAUUAAAAA